GGAAUGGUGAGUGCUCUGGACGAGGCUGCGGGACGGGUGGUGGACGCCCUCAAGACCACUGGUCACUAUGACAACUCUGUCAUCGUAUUCACAACAGACAAUGGUGGACCGACAGCGAGUUCAGGCAACAACUGGCCUCUGAGGGGUAACAAGAGCUCGUUGUUUGAGGGAGGAACCAGAGGCGUUGCCUUCGUUCAUUCUCCACUACUUCCCAACCCUGGCACAGUCUCUCACCAAUUGAUCCACGUGACGGACUGGUACCAGACUCUGGCGGGCCUAGCAGGGGCCGAGGCUCCUACGAACACGGACGGUGUGGACCAGUGGCCCACCAUCACUGGGUCUGUCCCAUCACCAAGGACCGACAUGAUCUACAACAUCGAUAAUACAACCAAAUUCUCCGCCGCGGUGAGGAUGGGUGAGUACAAAUUACUGGUGGGUGAACCAGGUGGGGGAGAAUGGACGCCGCCCCCGGAGAACGACACCGAUAUUGUUGUGGAGGAGUCUAGCCAUAUCAACACUGACAAUCAUAAGAUGGUGGGUGAAGGGAAGGAGAGGAUCCAACACCUGCUGCACCUCCUCAACACCAACGAUACUGAGCUCAGACUCUACGACCUCACAGGUAUUUAUUACAUGGGAGAAGUAAAUGCAAACUUAGACUGUUAAUUAAGGAAAUGCAGCUUCGAAGAGAAAA